GGGAGUCGAGGGAGGAAGGGAGAGAGGGGGAGGACGAGAGGCAGCAAACACAAACCACUGGGGCAAGUCAAAACCUUGGCCGUCACGGCUGCUGGCUCACUCAAACGGCUGCUUGCUUGCUGCUGACGGCACCCGCCCGGCAGUCUAUCUAACGGCGCCGUUGUGUGGUGGUGGUGGUGUGUAGUGUGGUGGUGGUGGUGUGGUGGUGGUGUGUGGUGGUUGUGUGUGGUGGUGGCGUCGGGGUCAAGCCAGCGAACCGCACCAAUUUCUUCCGGCUCUAGCGAAUGUCGUGCCGUGACUUGUCUCACCAUCUUCCCCGGCUUGCAGGGCUGCCUUUUGCCGUGCAACCAUCUCCGAUGGUGUACGCGAUGAAUCUCUCCAGGUUGGCAGACUGGGCACUGGGAUGCUGACCGGAGUGUUCGCUUCCUCGCGGUUGCCGCUGUGCGGCACAUCUGCUGAAAAUCCUCCGCUCUCCCGGCUUGGCCCGGGUCCUGCGUGCCACCUCCGCUGGCCCUGUGCGCGUGGCCUGGCUCACAAAAGUCCCGCAUAGCUGGCCCCUCUGCCAUGCGCAGAGCGACCCGGUCGUGACAGUAGAGGGCUCCGUCGACAUCCGCAAGGAAGAUCCUCAAGUUUCAGCAGGAUGGUCUUCAGGAAACACCUUCGUCUGUAUUCUGCCAAGAUGGCUAUAUGAUUAAAAGGUUCUCGAACGGCUCUUGGAAUCGACAAACUCUCUCUGACAAUUUCUACCUCUGCAUCUGAUCAUUCGGGAGCAUCAGGCCUCUAGAAGAGAUCAGCAGUCCACCUGUCUUGUUGAUGUGGACAGUGGAGGAGGCACAGACUCACCGAAACGAUGAGCAAGACAACCUUCCCGAAGCCCCCUGACGGCGGGUGGGGCUGGGUCGUGGUCUGCAGCUGCUUCACGGUCACCGCAUGCACGCGCGCCAUCACAAGAUGCAUACCAAUUUUCUUCGUGGAGUUUCAACAACACUUCUCAAAGGACACAUCUACAACUGCAUGGAUUAACUCAAUAAUGGACUGCACCACCAUGCUGUUUGCACCCAUUGGAAGCCUGCUGAGCACUCGCUUCGGCUGCCGGGCCACGGUGAUGUUUGGCGGCCUGGUGUCAUCCUCCGGUUUCAUCAUUGCCUCCUUUUCCCCAACCAUCGAAUUCCUUUACCUGUUCCUGGGACUGAUGGCUGGCCUAGGCUUCGCGCUGUGCUACUCCCCCUCGAUUGCGAUUGUCAGUCGCUACUUCCAGAGGCAUCGGCUCUUGGCCACAGGGCUGGCCAUGUCCGGCAACGGAGUGGGCACCUUCGUGUUGGCGCCUGUGGUCCAGCUGCUGAUCGAGGUGUACGCUUGGCGGGGAGCGCUGCUGCUGCUGGGGGCCUUUGUGGCGCAGCUGUGCGUGUGCGGAGCCCUGCUCAGGCCCCUGGCCUCGUCGGCCACCCCCACGGCCAAGCCCGGCCUGCUCGGCAAGCAGCCGGCAGAGACGGCGAUGCCCGUCGACCACUACAAGCCGCCCAUGCUGUGCGAGGGGGCGAUGGCGGCGGCGCGGCGAGGGUGCCGCGGGGCCCCGGCGUGCAGGCCCGAGCUGCUCGUGCUGUGCCUGUCCGUGUCCCUGCUGGCCUACGGGUGCAUCACGCCGCUCGUCUACCUCGUGCCGUUUGCGCACAGCGUGGGGACGCCCGAGAGGCAGGCGGCCUUCCUGCUCUCCCUCCUCGGCGUGAUGGACAUCGUCGGCACCGUGACGUACAGCUGGCUCAUCGACCGCGAGUCAGUGGCUCCGGGGGUUUUCUUUUUUGCUGCCAGAUGCACGGAAAUGAUUAUAUUCUAUAAACACCACUCAACUUGGGUGCGCCUCCAGCAUCCGCUGUCACCCAUGGGCCAGAUGAGCAGAAGGGACUGGGUGAUGAAGAGACGUGGGGGGGGGGGGGGGGAUUUAACUGGGGCCCCUCAUUUGAUUCCUUGCAAGCAGGGACCCGCGCCAACCACCCUCGAACAUGCGCGAGUGACGCACCGAGUGAGCGUCUCUCGGCAAGCACGGCAACGGUCCGUAACGAUCUCCCGCCCGUGCUCGCCCAGGUGCCUGCGGUCGCGGCGAGCGCACUGCUACUGCGCGGCGGUCGGCCUGUACGGCGCGUGCGCCCUCGCCCUCCCCGCCAUGCGCAGCUUCCCGCUGCUCGUCGCCUUCGCCGCCCUCUACGGCUACUUCAACGGCGCGUGCACCCCGCUCAUCCCCGUGCUCGUGGCCGACCUGGUGGAGCCGGCGGGCGCCAGCACAGCCAUCGGCCUAAUCUACGCCAUGCACGCGCUGCCCUACCUCCUCGGCCCACCCACCGCAGGCUGGCUGGUGGACUUGACGGCAGAUUAUAAUGCCGCCUUCUUCCUCAGCGGAGCCAUCAUCAUGCUCGGCUCUGCCACGUUUGCGCUCGCCACCUGUGCAUCGUUGUCAUCGGUCACCUGCAACAAAGGGCACCUGAAAGCCCCUUCAGGACAUGGGGAUGUCUAGGAGCCCACCAGGUACACGAGUUGUAUAUAAGGAGUGUGCCUUCAGCUGUGAAACAUUAAACACACAAAUUUAGAGUUGGAUAUUUUGAACAGUUUAAGAGGUGCACCUCUUUCAAGAUGCCUGGUCAGCGUGGAAGAGUGAGCCAAAAUACCCCUCUGGAGGGGCCUAACUCCCACUAGUGAAGGCCCUUCCACCAGCAGUGGCAUGAGCAAGCAAUCGCAGGGCUGCACCUUUGUCUUUUAAUAGGUGCACCCAAUUGCAGGGCACGACCUGUAUGUAUGUAUAAUAAUGUUUUUUACCCUUUCUUGCAAUAAAACAGUUGUGUUAAGAUUUUAAAACACCAAACUGAAACCUUUUGCAAGGAAU